CAGCUCGAGAAAGAAACAAAAACCGAUCGGCUCGAAAUCGCGAACGGCCGCUUCCGACCUGACCUCCAUUUAAACAGUCGAUAUUUCGCUAAUUUAACAUAAAUAACAACGAAUUCUGGUGCCAUUUGGUGUUUUAUUGUGUGGAAAAUUUAAUACCGAUAAGAUAUUAUCGAAAAGCGAUCGUUUUCCCAUGUAAAAAGCGACUUUAAUGCGGGUGUGGCCCGAUAAACAAAAUUAGUCAUCGAAGGUGGCGUCGCCGGUUUCGACUGACUGACAGUUUCCCCCCCUGAAGAACCAACAAACGAAAUUUUAAUAAUGUCAACAGUGUAGCCCGAUUUGCAUUUUCCGUUUGUGUUGUGCCGGUUUCAUAAAAUUUUCAUUAGUUUUUCCAAAAUGAGUGCUAACAACGUGAACGCGGGGACCGUUCCCACCACUCAGGCCACGGCCACCAUCAAAAGUCGUCCAAAUAUGCCCAGCAGUUACAUGUACACCUCGAGCAGUGCUCUUUUAAACCGAAAUAACGAGAAUAAACCGACUCCACCUCCUACUUUACCUAAAUACACUUCGAGUUUUAACGCGGGCAGUGGUUUAAACAGGGACAGGGAUAAGGACUCUAUAGGGGGUUCAUACAGGCUCUCCAGCCUCGACAGGCUUGCCAUGAGGCAAAAGUUUUUGGAUCAACAGAGCCCUACUAAUGGGACAGCCCCGACACCACAGACCAAUGGGGAUAAUACUAGUAAUGGCAGCAUCAACACAUCUUCUAUCAACCCUCUUCAAAACAAAAGAGAAAUAUUUUUUGCUAGUACAGGAGCUACUCCAGAGCAACCCAAAGACACAAACCGACUAAACAAAACCCCAAGCAUUGAAAAACCACCGGUACCAGAAAAAAAGGAAACAUUAAUAGAUGGCCCUCCUCCCAAAGAAACCAAAGAAAAAGAUGAAUCAAGCAAAGAAUCUAGUCCAGAAAUCAUAAAAGAAAGACCCAAAGUGAAGGAGCUGGACGGUUACGUAGGAUUUGCGAAUCUCCCCAACCAAGUAUACAGAAAAGCCGUCAAAAAAGGGUUCGAAUUCACCCUAAUGGUAGUAGGAGAAUCUGGACUCGGAAAAAGUACAUUGAUCAACUCGAUGUUCCUUACUGACAUAUACAACUCGACCGAUUAUCCGGGGCCUACACAACGCCUAAAGAAAACAGUAGCAGUAGAAACCACUAGGGUCAUGCUAAAAGAGAAUGGCGUAAAUCUCCUUCUCACCAUGGUGGACACGCCUGGAUUCGGCGAUGCUGUGGACAACAGCAACUGCUGGGCUCCCGUAAUCGAAUAUAUUGAGAGUAAAUACGAAGACUACUUGAACUCCGAGGCGAGAGUAACGAGGAAACUGAGUCCGGACCAACGGGUACAUUGUUGCCUCUACUUCAUACAGCCCUCCGGCCACGGACUGAAGUCCCUAGAUAUAGAAUUCAUGAAAAGACUGUGCGAUAAAGUGAAUAUCAUUCCCGUUAUUGCCAAAGCCGACACGCUCACCUCCGACGAAUGCGCUUUAUUCAAAAAGCAAAUUAUGAGUGAAAUUGCUCAACAUAAGAUUAAGAUUUACGAGUUUCCGGAUACUUCCGAGGAAGACGAGGAGCAUAAGUUAAAUAAGAGUUUGAAAGAAAGAGUUCCUUUUGCUGUGGUUGGAUCCAAUACGGUUAUCGAGGCUGAUGGUAAAAAGAUCAGAGGACGAAAGUACCCCUGGGGAAUCGCCGAAGUAGAAAACUUGGAGCAUUGUGAUUUCAUAGCGCUAAGGAAUAUGGUGAUAAGAACGCACUUACAGGACCUCAAAGACGUCACCAAUAACGUUCACUACGAAAACUACAGGUGCAAAAAAUUAGCUGGCCUGGGCACUGAUGGAAAACCAUCGAGGAUAUCCAAUAAGAAUCCCCUGGCCCAAAUGGAUGAGGAAAAGAGAGAGCACGAUGCCAAAAUGAAAAAAAUGGAGAUGGAAAUGGAACAGGUCUUUGAAAUGAAAGUGAGAGAAAAGAAGCAGAAACUUAAAGAUUCUGAAGCGGAAUUAACAAGAAGACAUGAAACAACCAAGAAGCAGCUGGAGCAACAAGCCAAGGAGCUCGAGGAAAAACGAAGGCAGUUUGAACUCGAAAAGGAGGCCUGGGAAAAGGAGAAUCAAGUGACCAUUGAAGAUUUGAGGAGGAGGAGCUUGGAGGGAUCCAGGGAAACUAUGGAUGGUAAGAAGGAAAAAAAGAAAAAGGGCCUUUUUUAAGUUGCUUUUUAUAUUUUUGUGUGAGUUGGGACGAAUUUCACUGGGAUGUAAAAAUAAUUUCUCUUGUUCUUUAUAAAGUGUAAUUUAUUUUGAUGGAGUGGUGUGAGGUUCGAAAAAUUUAUUAAGCUUCCUAGAUGUUAAGAUUUUAUAUCUUAUGUAUUGUGUAUUCUUAACAUGCAGUUUAGGUCUUAGUAUACAAAAUAAUAUAUAGGUAUAAGCAUUUCUUUUCAAAAGGCUGUUUUUUUAUCGUUUCAUGACAAUUUUUAAAUUUCAAAGACUUUUUUUGGGACUGAUAAAGACUUCCACAUUCCUUUUUUUUAUACGGUUUUCAUUCACAAAAGGUGUGUUUCCUGUAGUAUAAGUAUCCAGUCCAAAUUAGGAGAAAACUGCCAAUAUUAUGACCUAAUAUUAAAAAAAAAGCUGAAAUCCUACAUAAACAUUUCUCUCGAAAAACUAAUAGCUUGAAAUAUGAUAUAUGUGUAGUAUAAAAAAUAUAUUAAUCUUUAAUAAGUAAUUGUAAAAAAAUAUGAUAUACAUAUGUGUUAUAAUUUAUGAGUAUCAAUUUCCUUUUUAAUAAUAUUUAAAAUUGUGUUUUUAUAGUAUAAAGUGCUUCAUAGCGAUAUGAAAUCAAUACUGUUCUAAAUUAUUUCUAGACAUAUGAUUUUGUGUGCCAUCCAAUAUAUUUUUUUUUUAAUUUGUGAGAUUCGAAUAUAAACCCGAAAUUAUGUUGUAUAGAAUUAUGAUUAAAGCAGAUUUUAAAUAUAUUUAUUUUUAAUUUCUGUAGAA